CGACAAAAUACUGCACCAAAAAUAACUUCCACUAGAUUUGAAAUGUCGCAAAAUUAGGUGGGCACAGCUGACCUAAAGCGGUUUAUCUGAUCAAUCUUUGAUCCCAUUCCUCUCGAAAAAGCUCCUCCAGAGUGGUAGUUUGAAUUUGGCGCCGACUUUGAAGAAGAUUUGGGCCUAGAGGUUCUCUCUCGAAAGCAGAAAGCGAACCUCAAACAAAUAGAAACCUUUGAUGAAACAAAAUGACUUCAAGUUUGGAAGAUCCCACCCUUGAGAAGAAUUUCAAAGGGCACAGAGAUGCAGUUACCUGUGUUGACUUUAAUCCAAAUAUGAAGCAGUUAGUAAGCAGCUCAAUGGAUUCAAGCCUGAUGGUCUGGCAUUUUAAACCACAUAUGAGAGCUUACAAAUUUGUUGGCCAUAAGGAUGCAGUUCUUGCAGUUAAAUUCUCCCCAUCUGGCCACCUGAUAGCUUCUGCCUCAAGGGAUAAAACCGUCAGACUUUGGAUUCCUAGUGUGAAAGGAGAGAGCACAGUCUUCAAGGCGCACACUGCUACCGUUCGAAGUGUGGAUUUCUCUAAGGAUGGGUUAUCUCUGCUUACGUCAUCAGAUGAUAAAACCAUAAAGUUAUGGACGGUGCACCGACAAAAGUUCCAGUUUUCGUUUACUGGUCAUAUGAACUGGGUGCGAUGUGCCAGGUUCUCGUCGGAUGGACGACUCGUUGUUUCUGCAAGCGACGAUAAAACAAUCAAACUUUGGGAUAAGGGAAGUCGUGAUUGCAUUCACACCUUUAAUGAAUACGGAGGUUUUGUGAACCAUGUUGAAUUUCACCCUGGAGGAACAUGCAUUGCCACAGGGGGAACAGACAACACCGUAAAGGUGUGGGAUGUGCGCAUGAAUAAACUUUUGCAGCAUUACCAAGUCCAUGGAGGUGCAGUGAAUGGAUUAUCAUUUCAUCCAUCUGGAAAUUAUCUGGUCACUGCCUCUAAUGAUACAACUCUUAAGAUUUUGGAUCUUCUUGAGGGCCGUUUGUUUUAUACACUUCAUGGACACCAAAGUGCAGCAACAACAGUCGCAUUUUCAAGAAAUGGAGAAUUUUUCGCUUCAGGUAGUGCCGAUGAACAGGUAAUGGUUUGGAAAACAAACUUUGACUCCGUCGAUUACAACGAAGUUUUAAAGGCUCACAGGAGACGGGUCGCCUCCCCGCCUUCAAAGCACGUUCAUGAUCCAGCUCCCAGAACCCCACCAAAGACACCCACUAGAACCAAAGAAAUCGAUGCAGCCAGGGAGCCGAGAGACAUGUAUUCCCAAGAGGCAGGGGUGAUGGAAGUAGGACCAGCUUUGUUCUCCGUUCCUCAGCCUGAUGGUCGAGACUAUUCUAAGUUUAUCGGAAUGGAAGAGAAAGAUGCGGCAAUCGGGCACCCUCAAACAACAUCACUAGAGAGAAGGGAUAUUCCUCCGCAGUUAGCCACAACGCUGGAGCACAUUGUAGGCCAACUUGAUGUCAUCACUCAGACGGUGUCAAUCUUGGAGCAGAGGCUGACACUUUGUGAAAACAAGUUGAGAGAAUGUUUAGACAAUCAACAGAAGAUAACAUUACAAAUAAGGCCGAAUGAAUAAAGGGAUGUUCCAUUGAAAAUAAUGUAAAUAUCUUUUCUAAUUUAUCUUUCCAUCUUGUAAAUGUUUCCAUCUAUUCUCAGUGUUAGUCGCGUAAAAGAACUCAUUUUUUAUGGUUGGCGGAGUAAGUUCUGCAAUAUCGUUUUUGAACAAAUCGCUGCUAUCUAGUAAAUUUAUCCAAUGUCGCGUGUCUGGGGUUGAACAGACAUGGUAGGCAAAGAUCCGAGAAUUUUGUACUGGCUAUUAGGUACAUCUACUACCGAGUUAUCCAGAAAGAAAUAUUUUCUAUUUCAGUUUUAAAAUAUUCUAACUCGUAAACAGCAGCUCUCAAGGUAGCUUAAUAUUCGCAAAAAAACAACGGCCCUUAAAAUAAAAUUACCGAAAACCCUUGCUAAAACAUCGCGGAGUAUUCAAAGAUAUCAUCGUCAAGUCAAACUAUAAAAGGUCUCACUGUGGUUGAUAUGCGCAUUACAAGCGCCAUUGUGAAUGUUUUAACCAACCCCGCCCCUCCAAAUAAGCGUCCAACCCAAAUACUGCCUUUUAAAAAACAAACAAAGUUUUCGUUAUUAAAUGUAUAUCGCUGAGUCAUUCAAUUGAAGUUGAUAAUACCUUGGCAAUUUCCUUCUACCACGUUCGUUUAUUUGUAGCCGGUUUUAGAUUUUUUGUUUUAAUAAAGUUUUUAAACCGAUUCCUUUGGCAGUGGUGUAUUGUAAAUCUUGUUGCCGCUGCAAAUUUCUUAUUGCCAUUACCUACUUCCUGCCUAGUCGAUUUACUUUUAUUCGAUAUGAUGAGAUUGAGAGACGCAUUUUAGUGCCUCGUCCAUCAGAUUACAUAAAUGAAAUAUCAAGUAAAUACUUUUAAUGGUCAAA